ACCAAACAUGCCUACAGAAACAUUACCGACAGGUAGCAUGGUGAAGCCGGUCAGCCCUGCCGUGACUUUCACAUCUGCCGUUCCUCUCCGCAUCCUGAACAAAGGACCUGACUAUUUUCGCAGGCAGGCGGAGCCUAAUCCAAAAAGACUGAGUGCAGUGGAGAGGCUCGAAGCCGACAAGGCGAAAUAUGUCAAGAGCCAGGAGGUCAUCAAUGCCAAGCAGGAGCCUGUGAAGCCGGCAGUGCUGGCGAAGCCGCCGGUCUGUCCUGCAGCCAAGCGAGCGCUGGGGAGCCCCACCUUGAAAGUCUUCAGCAACAAUGCAAAGACAGAGAGUGGAGUCCAGAGAGAAAAUCUGAAACUUGAGAUUUUGAAGAACAUCAUCAACAGCUCUGAAGGCUCCAGCUCAGGUUCAGGGCAUAAGCACGGUCCCCGAAAUUGGCCACCCCACAGGGCCGAUUCAACAGAGCUGAACCGACACUCGUUCGCUGAAUCCUUGAAGGUUUACCCCACACAGGGCCGGAGCAGCCCACAGGAGAGCAGCUCCAAUGUCAGCAGAAGGCUCCUAGAUCAGUCAGCAGAGACCUUCUUGCAUGUCUCUCACAGCUCUUCAGACAUUAGGAAAGUAACUAGUGCAAAGCCCUUAAAAGCAAUACCCUGCAGUAGUUCAGCCCCACCUCUGCCUCCAAAGCCCAAAAUCGCUGCCAUCGCCACCCUGAAAUCCCCAGAGAUUGAGGCAGUCGAGUCUGGAUGCGGAGUUAGUAGAAGACCCUCCCUACAGCGAUCAAAAUCAGACUUGAGCGACAGAUACUUUCGCGUUGAUGCAGAUGUUGAACGAUUCUUUAACUACUGCGGACUGGAUCCUGAAGAGCUUGAAAACCUUGGGAUGGAAAACUUUGCAAGGGCUAACUCUGAUAUUAUAUCCCUCAACUUUCGCAGUGCAAGCAUGAUUAGCUCAGACUGUGAACAGUCUCAGGACAGCAACAGUGACCUUAGAAAUGAUGACAGUGCCAAUGACCGUGUGCCAUACGGCAUUUCUGCCAUUGAAAGGAAUGCCAGAAUCAUCAAGUGGUUAUAUAGCAUCAAGCAAGCUAGAGAGUCACAGAAAGUGUCCCAUGUGUGAGAAAGAAAUACACCACAGAAAAAAAGCAAGGACUGUAUCUUUGUCUGUGAAUAUUCAGUUUGUGAAGGGUUGUGAAGUCUACUUGAAGUCUUGUACCCUUCUCAAAUCUCUUUGUGUUGCUUGUUGUGCAAUGUUUCCAAGUUGCAUGCCUGUCAACAUGUGAGCUGACCUGGCUUCCACUUGAACAGUAACUAACUACAAAGCCUGGCUGAGCAUAUACAUUAUCUGCCAAAAGUUUAAGACAAGAAUCUGAUUAGGGCUUCAGUAUAAUCAAAGUGUUUACAUGGAAAGGUUAUAUGACUUCUUUGGUAUUUAUGUGGUUCCUUGUGGAUUUUAUAUAUGUCACUUUUUGUCUUAAUACAGAUAUUGUCAACUGAUGUUACUUGUUUCUAAGAUGAAACGGAAUCCCUUUACUGGGAAGAAAAGUGGAAUUGGCCAAAAUAUGAGGUUUAGGCAUACAACAAUAGGAAAGCAGCCUUAUCUCUUGUAGAAAGUGCAUUAUUGGCACAAGAAAGCUGUUUCUAAAAGAAUGCUACAUUCUUAAAUUAUGUAUCAUUGUUAAACUAUAUAUCCCUACUUGUAGUAAGGCACUGUUCAGUAAAAGUUUCUUUUCCCUAGGUAAGCUCUCUCUGUUUUACAGCAGAAGUAGUCUAGUGAAUCUGCUUGACCUCUCAUAAACUAAAUGAGUCUUGCAUUUGGGUUGGUGUAAGCAUUUUAAUGAUUUUGUAUUAUACCAGUUGGAAAAGCUUAAAGAAGGUUGGAGUCAACAGAUGAAAAUGGCGCAGGUGCAGGAUUUUGUGCGUUUGAUUUUUACUCAAAGAUUCCUGGUCUUAAACUUUUGACAGGAAUAAUUAGAUCCUAUAGCUGAUAUUGAAUGCCUUUAUUAGUCAAAACACAUCGUGACUACAAACUCCAUGCUGUCUUAAUUUUUUUUUAGACCUAUUUGAAAAGUUGGUGAACAAAAAUGGAAACACACAGCCAUAUCAAUAUAUUGCCUCCUAUUCAGAAGUAAAUACACUCAGUAGCUGAACUAUAUCUGAAAAAAUGUGAUUAUGUUGUCUUGCAUAUGUUAUAUCUAAGGCUGUGAAAGUUUGUUCCAGCUCUAGGAAAGUGUAGAAACAUGACAGUAUGUAGCUUUUAUUUUCUUUUUUUUUCCUCCUUAAGAUGGUUAGUGCUGCGAAUCAACCUGUUACAAAUCUUUCAACAGUCUGUCUUCCCAGUGGUUUAACUAACUGUCAUUUCAACUGACAGUGGUGGUGUGGUAGUGGAGAAGUUGAAAGUACAGUGGUCUGCUUCAUUAUUAUUGUAUUCAUGCUUUGAAGUAAAUUGCAGCACUACCUUAAUACUAUAUCAGCUAAUAGGAAACUUUUUUAUUGUGUAAAUGCUGUAAGACUUUGUAUAUACUUCAGUUGUUACAAAAUCUUUAAAAGGAAGAGUGUUAUGCUAAUAAAUAGCUCCCGGUGCAGGUAUGGUAGGGUUUUUUUGUUCUUAUUUUCACCCCUUCCAUUCUUAAAACUGUAUCAGGAACUCAAUUGCAGUGUGUUUUAGUGCUGUAGAAGGUCUUGGUUAAAUAAUAGUUCCAGUAAAAGGUUUCUUUUACUAAAGUGCUUUUCAGAAUAUAAUUUUUUAUAAAAUAACUAUAGCAGCAUGAUCUGUCUGAAGAACUAGAAGAGAUUUUCAAGACUCCUAAAAUAGCUUGCUUCUUCCUUACCUAGCAAUGUUACUGUUCCCGUUUAUAGCAUCUGUUCGUAAUGAAUCACCGCAGUCUUCUGAAUUAUUCUUCAGUAGUGCUUAUUUAUAUAUUUGAAUAUUAAAGAUGUUUUACAAAGUCGGGUUCUCUCUUUUCUCUGAGAAGCCUGUAGCCCAACUUAUAACAGAUAGCUACUGUUAAUGCAGGCAAGACUGGAAGUGGAGCCAUGCAGUCAUUUGUUUCCUAUGGAAUUAUCCUACAUCUAGUUUUAUAUAAUUGUUCUCUAAAUGUUUGUUUAUGGAGGGAGGGAAGCACACAUUCAGUUUCAGCACACAUUCAGCUUCAGGAGGCUACUCUGUCAUUUUUACAGUUGACUUCACAACCUAAGACUUACAACAUUUCUAGCUCAGACAAAAAAAAAAAUAAGAGGAGCUCUGUAUUUCAGCUACAGGCCCAUUUGUGACAUUUUAAGCACCAUGGGUUUCAGUUGGCAUUGACAUCACACUGAUUUUUCAAGCAUAUUUUUCCAAUAGUAAGUUCUACUCAGUUCAGUGACUGUUUUGCCAAGGAAAAUAAUGCUUGAGGGAUUAAAGCCAAGUGUAAUGCAGCUGUACAGCAAUGAAAUAAAGAAGUUAAAACCAAAAUAAAAAAUGCACCCACAUUGCUCUCUCUCAAGUGUUUUAAGAAUGAUGAUAAACAUGCUAUCUCAAGUGUCGUCAGCCAAAAACAGUAAUAAAGAAGCCUUUAUAACUAGAAAAUGGAUUAGAGCAUAUGCUAGUGUUCUGAAUUUGUUUCCCAAGGUUUGUUGAGAAAUGAAAUUCAUUUCUUUUUAUUCACAAAAAGGGGUUGUGAGCUAUCUAUAAGAGGGGGUUUCCUCACCCAAAAUCUUAGGCAGCAUCUUUGGAACAGCACAGGUGCUGAUCUGCCUUCACUGCCCCUGCUUCCUGCAGUGUGCACAUGAAUGAGAUUUUACAGGGCCUAGACCUUCACAGUCAGCUGAACUUGCAGCUCUGGUGAGAUUGCAGUAAUAGAAAUGAUGGGAUUGCAGAGUGUUCACAAGGCUUUGAACAAGCAGGUAACUAUUGUCUUUAUUUGUCACUUUAUUGCCAUUUAUGCAGAUAUUGUUUAAUUAUUAGUCACCCCAGGACAAUGGUCUUGUUAUUACCUGUAUGUUUGCAUAAAAUCCAAAUCAUUGGUAUCUGAUUGUUUUUGUAUUCAAAUGGGAAUAACCAUUCUAUACAAUAUAAUAUUAUAUAUUAUCUGCCUUUACAGACAGGUCAUCCUAUCAUGUCAAGAGUGCAUGACUUGUCUCUGCCUUAGGAGAUUCCUGAGUGCUGAAUGCUGAAUUCACAAAGAGUUGUAACCAGCUGAAUUGCUUCAUCAGGGAUCUGUUCUGGUCAUGUUCCUGCUGUGUCCAGCAGGCAUUUACCCAGGUACAAAGUGCACGAGCUACACAACAGCUCCUUUUGCAGCUCUGGAGGGAAAUGCAAGCCUGUCCUGUGAAAGCCUGUACUGACAGUACUGGCCACAGCAGUGAAGAAAAAUGCAGUGUGUCUUCAGUGAUUGCUAUGAACUCAUACACACACACAUACAGACAGAAAAAAGAAACCACCACAGAGGUUUAUGGUGGUUCUCUUACUUUGACUUGCCAGAGAGGGAAGGGAGGAGGAAAACAGUGUGACCAAUUACACUUUGAAAGCUACCUACAGCUUUGCUCAGAGGUAAACCAUUUAUCUGAGUGCAAGAGGUGGGCAUCAAAGUAAAACUGGUCUUCUAAUCACUUCAUAUUAUAUAGUAACAAUGUCAUGAAAGAUAAGAGAUAAAAGAUCUGUGCCACAAAUUUACAUUCAACAAAUACAAGUACUGAAAUUGUCUUUUUUAUGAAUAUUGUUUCUGCAAAAGAGCUCUGUGCUGGGAGUGUAUGCACCAUCUAAGUGACCGAGGGCUUUUGAAGGGGAAACACAGAAUGAUGAUGCUUUUGGCAGUAAUUCAAAAAUCAAAAGGCACACUCAGACAACAGAGCCAAUCAGUAUUGCUGACUUAUCUCUUUUUACAGCAGUUUAUCCAUCCGUGGAGGCCAUAUGCACUUGAUUCCAGUCAUUCAGUGAAAAACAAAGUGCUUAAUGGAGCUCUGCAGUACAGAGCUGAAUAAUUGCAGUCUGCAGGAGAAUGGAAAGGGAACUAAACCUUAAAAACAGUCUUCCUGAUACCUAUUGAUUAUGGGGUGAUAAUGUUUAGUACAUUAUAUUCAGAGCUCAUUUGUUUAUAGGAAACAUUUUAUUGAGCAAAGUAGUCUAACAAAUCUGAGAGGUUCCAUUUUCUCAAGGCCAUAAAACUCUUGUUCUCUGUGAUUAAUGCUGCUACACCAGUAACUGAACACAUCAAGCUUAAAAUAUAAGAGCAUCUGGAGUUUUGUUCCCAUGAACAGUAAGGGUCCAUUGCCUAUUUUAAUAUAAAUGUGGAUAUAAAUGUGCUAUACAGGAGAAUAAAUUGGUCAAGGUUUUUUUGUCCUGAAUUAUAAGAUAGCUCUAUAUUAAAAUCCUUGUUACCAAGGCUUAAAUAUUCACUGAUAUUUUGAAUUUAUUUGACAUUCCUUGCUGUCAGCAGAAAGACCCCAAUAAUCUGCCUUUUGAAAUAUGUCACCCAUAGCUUAAUGGGAAAGGCCAUUAAAACUGUCUGUUCAGUGUAAGGACUUUUAUCUCCUGAUGAUGGCAUCUAUUAAGUGAACCUCUAAAUAAGCACAUUUCAGUCAGAAGUAUUAACCCAUAAAUGCCUUUUAUUUUUGUCCCUGAAAGCCCAAAUGAUGAUCAAUAGCUGAGUCCUACCAUUUAUUACAGUUGCUACAUCAUUGCUAAAUACUCAGUUGAUGUCCCUUGGGCUGCAGUGUAAUCUAAAGUGGAGACACCUACACUACACCAUCUGUCUUGCCCUGCUAGGUAUGAACAGCCUUCAAGCAUAUUCUACAUUUGAUUACUUAGGAAUUUGGUUGUGGCUACCCAUCAAAACUGAUUAAUAAUAAGCAGUGACAUUAAAAAAAAAAAUCAUGAAAAAUAAUCACUUAUAGAUGAAAAAGUAGUCUCUUGAAUGUCAUUCUUCUAAAUUUAAAGUAAUUUUCAUUAUGAUCUUAUGACAAGGCUAAGAGAGUGCUAGUAUCUGUGCUAUUAUUGUUUCUUGAUUUUGGCACAGCAAGUCGUCUCCACCUUCUUGGUGUCUCGCCCUUUCUGAGUUUUCCCAGCUUUCUUCUUCUUUUUUGUGUCUGUCUUCCCUUGUGGUGUCUGACUUUUACAUCAUCUCCUUUGAAACUUAUGACCAAGGUCAUCAUAUUCUCCUCGCUUAACCUCCUUUGAAAGCAACUUUCCCACAACUUGUUCUGUCUUUUAUAACCACUGUAUUCAUGACAGCCUGUUCCCAGGAGAGUAACUCUGUGGCUACAGUUGAGCUGCCAUGUCCUGAAAAGAUAGUAAUCUUUUUAAUGCAUUGUUUUUAAUUUUAUGAGGUAUCAUGUUAUUUGCAGACAAGAUGAAACAGCAAGAGGUGCUUCUUAGGAAGAUACAGGGGUUGAAAACACUCAUGAAGAACAAGAUGUCAAACAUAUCUCAGAAGUAUCAACUCCUUGGUCCAAAAUUGUCUGUAUUUUUUUUUUUUUCUGUCAUAUCUUACUCAGUGCAUAGUCCUGCUAUUUCUUUGUCUCCAAAUAAAAUGCUGGCUUGAGGACAGCAGUGAGCAGAAUGCUAUGGGUGCACUAUCCAAUAAGUAUUUAUUGUUUUGCCUUCUGCGGUUUGGUAACAGGGUACCUCUGUGACUUGCACCUUUGGCCACCAGACCACUUGUGCUGCGUGUGCAGUUCCCAGGCAGCUGGUCAGAGAGCAGUGCCUAAAAGGACUUUUAAAACAAAAGGACAGUGGAAGAUCCAGGAGGGGCAAAGUCUCUCCUCACCCUGACUAUUGUGGAAAGCUUUCAGCUGUGGUGAGAGAAGGUUUAGAAGCUGAAGUCCCCAAACUGCCAUCUCAUGUAGCCCUGGGGCUAAAGGUCUGAGACUUCAAUCCUGUGUAUGAGAGAAGGGUAUCUGAGUGUCUGGAAGACAGGAUAAAUCAGUGUGUGAAAGCAGAAGGCACUUGCUGAAGCAUGCUACUGUUUCACUAAAUGCCUGCUAUUCAUGUCUUAAAACAUGAAGAUGUAAAAGGAACAUGGUUGAAAUUUGGAGAACAGCUGUGUAUGCAAAUGCUUUCAGACAAGAUGCGGAGGUGGGCAGAUAGCUUUGCUUUUUAAGAAAGGAAGCUUUUAAAAGAUCUUUUAAUAAAUGACCUGCUUUUCAAGUAUA